UCACUGUAAGUUCAGUCUUUAUUAGUCAAAGCACGGAAAAACAAACGAGCCAGUCACCCACAAUAACUGAUUCGAGAUGGAAACUCUUCGUGGAUUGAAGUUCUUCGUUCUGAUGAGUAUUUUACUCGCCCAGUUUUCCUUUUACGACGCCAAUGAGAAGCUUCAAAUGACGCUUUCCGAGCCCUCCAGCUUUAAACCUCCCAAUGCUGCGAUAUGCCCCAUGUUGAGGAAACUCGAGAAUCUUGGCUAUAAAAAAGAAGAAAGAACAUCGGUGAAGAGGCUGGGAAAAGGUGGACCGGAUGCUGAAAAAGAGGCUUAUUAUUACAAAUUGGUGAAUUGCUCAGAGAAAGCCUUGCUUGAAACUGGAAAGGAAUUGAACUCAUCUAUUCCAGGUUCUUUUGGGAAGGAAAUGACUCGCGAGGUGGUUAAAGAAGUAUCAUUCAGGCGUUUGAAAGAUGAUAACGGAAUGUGUAAAGUGGGUUUGGUGGUUAAUUUUAGGGGAGGCCAGGACUGCGAUAAUACGGAGCGUAAGAAGACUGAUCGUUCCCACCAAAGUAUGAAGACGAAAAAGAGCCCUAUUCCUCGAGAGGCUGAAUUAAGCAAAAGAAGAUUCCGUUUCCGUGUUCGUAUAAGAAUUAGAAUCAAGGUCAAAGUCGCUGUGACCGUAAAAAAAUAGUUCUCGUCGUAAGAGGAAUGAUUCAUGACACGCGCACAUUUAGAAUGGCACAUUUUUAGAAUGGCCUUUUGAACGACUGUAUGUUUUUUUUUUUUGUAACUAUUUCAGUAGGGCUGAAUGGUCUUGUAAAACCAAACUCACGUUGAAUGACGGUGUAUAUGACGCCCUCAGUGAAAGAGGAUCGCAGAUUUGUGUGUAUUCAUUAAUCUAUUUCUCAUAUUCAUGUUAUCCGUGAUGAAACUGCUUGUAACGUCUAAAUUAUGGGGGCAAAAUGUGUUGUAAUAAAAUGAGUGUUUAAAUGGA